UUUUUUUCCUGUCUCUCUCGUCUCAUCAUCAUCUCUGUUCGUUUUCCUAGUUGAGAAAAAGAAGAAAAAAAAACGUAUCAAACAUAGCAUCAGAGGCUGAGAAACGAGCAUUUUUGUUGCUCUCUCAUAACUACAACAAUAAUUUGUGCCCAAGCGAAUUCUUUACAGAAUUGAUUUUUCACUUGAAAUUUUGUUGCGGAAAUACAUUGACACACGCCAAAGCCACAAGCAGAUGAACGCAAUAAAAGAAAAUCUCUUUCAUUGAAAUUGUGCGUGGCAUUCAUUUGAAAACAGUGUUUGUUCUUCUUUAAAAAAAAUAGUUUUAAUAUUUAGUACACACUGUGCGGGAAAGAAACAAAAACCGAAAAUUGUUUAGAGAUAAAAUAAAAAUUUGCACAUCCGUUUAAUGGGUCAAUCAUAAUAAUAUUCAGCUAGUCAAUGGUAGACGUCAAAAUUCUUCGAAACGAAAGUUUGUAAUCAGUGACGACGGGGGAAAGACCAAAGUGAAAAAGAAAUAAAUUGAUUUUUCAUUGAAUUGUACUUCGUCAUUUGAGACCAAAAUCAAAUCAAAUCAUCAUCGAUUUAAUAUUAUUCAUUGAGUGAAUAAGAAGUGUCGCAACUCACAAUAAAAACCAAUUUGAUUUCAGCGCGUGUCAAUAGUUCAAACAAAUUCAAUUAUCGGUCGCAUUCUCUUUUGCUAGCUCAACUUUUUAAAAGUGAUAAAAUUGUAAAAAAAUAUUCUGUGAGAAGCAAGAGACGAAAAUCGUCGAAAAUUUCGCACACGUUAAGAUUUUCUGCAACGUUUGCCUGAAUUCAGUCGAUUUCAUCACAGCUAUGGAUUAUUAAUCAUAUCGUAAGUAGAAGAAUAAAUGAACAUUUGCUCGUUUUUCUAAGAAGUGUUUAGAUAUUGUGCAAAGCAAACAACAACAACAACAGGGAAUAUGGUUCCCCUGCAAAGCAUAAAUAUAAAUUCAAAGCAUUGCAAAAACAAAUGGCAUUCAAGUUAAUAAACUUUUCAAUAAGAUGAGAGAAGCGAAAUGAAAUGAAAAGAAAAGAAGCGAAAUAAAGAAGUGUAUGUAUAUAGUAGCACGAAUAUGUAUGACAUAUUUGCCCUUCUCGUUCGCUAUCGUUGCGCGAAUGUAAGCGUUGUUGUUUUUUUUGUUUUCUUCUGGUGCUCUGUAACUCUGGUAAACAUUCUCCAUGAUUUGGUUUCAGUGUCUCCGUUUCAUUCGUAGCCGCAUUUAUUCAGUUGGUCGAACUCUCUCACUUUCUCCUUCGCUCUCGUUCGCUCCCGCUACAUCUCUUUGCUGAUUUUCGUGAACCUUUCAUAUAUCCACAGUAAAACUUACACUGUACAAUUUUGACGAAGAUAAAAGAAGAAAGUGAGACGAAAUGAAUGUGGAAGAGAUUCGUUUGCAGACAUUUUCCAAUUGGCCCGAAGAUGCGCCCGUUGAAGCUCACCGAGUGGCGAGAAGUGGCUUUUUCGCCACUGGAAAUGGUCUCGAAGUACAAUGUCACUGGUGUGGCUUAAAAAUUAACGAAUGGGACUAUGGUGAUCAGCUGUUACAGGUAAUGGGAAAGCAUCGUCGAUUGAAGCCAGACUGUCCAUUUAUCACAAAUCCGACCGGUUCGGGCAAUGUUCCAAUGAAUAAUAUGCAACCGUCUACAUCGGAACUACCCGCAAAUGAUCUCAUGAACGAACAAUGUCGCCUAACUACCUAUGCAAAUUGGCCUGUUUCAUUUAUAAUGCCACAAUCAUUAGCUAAAGCUGGUUUUUACUACUUUAAUCAUACGGACCAUGUGAGAUGCGCAUGGUGUCAAGGUGUGAUUGCAAAAUGGGAAGUUGGCGACAAUCCAUUUACAGAACACUUGCGAUUCUUUCCGAAUUGUCCACGAGCCCAGCUCGGUCCAAAUGUCGAAAUUCAAACGGAAGAAUCGAUACGUUCGCUUGGCAUUCAACAAAUACGUGCACCGAAAAAAGAACGAUACAGCUCAUUGGAUGCACGGCUACGGUCGUUUGCCAAUUGGCCUAGAAGCUCGGUUCAAUCGCCUGAAACACUGGCCACCGCUGGUUUUUAUUAUGCUAAUACCGAUGACCAAGUGCUAUGCUUCCAAUGCAACGGUGGACUUCGAUCGUGGCAGCGUGAAGAUGAUGCUUGGUUUGAACACGCACGAUGGUUCCCAAAAUGUGAAUUCGUUCAACUGGUCAAAGGUCCACAGUAUAUCGAACAAGUGCAGCAACAAUCGAAACCGACUCUGGAUGAAGCGAUGUCUGGUGAACCCGUGCAGAAAGCCUUAUCGAUGGGUUUGAGCGAGGGAAGAAUACGAGCCGUUACCAAAUAUCAUUUAGAACGUUUUGGUAGCCCAUUCAAAUGUGCCGAAGCCCUAAUCGAAUCGGUGUUGGACUACCAACGCGAAGAGGAGCAACAACAGAGCUUAGAAGAUGGCGAUGACGACGAAGAGCAAAGUAGCUCGGCCAUUGUUAGAGAGGUUGGCCGAAUUUUAGAUACGAUAUUCAAUAAUAAUCACGAUUCAUCGUCGUCAUCAUUGUUAUCGACUGGCACCGAUGAUUUUGUCAUUCUUGAUACGCCAUCACAUUUGGGCCAAUUAGCCAUCCAUUCAUCCACGGCAACGUCCACGAGCAGUAGCAGUAGCAGUAACAGCAGCAGCAGCAACAGUGAACCAUCGAACUAUUUAAGUAUUUCAGAAGCGCGAGCAACGAUAGAGGCUAGCACAGCUUCACCACAAAAAGACUCCACAACACAAAUUGAAAAUGAUGCAUCGGCUGCGGAAAAAUCUGUACCUGAAACAUGCACCAGUAGCAGCGCAAGCGGCUGCAGUGGAACAAGUAGCAAAAAUGCUGAGAGCAGCGGUAGUGGCACGGGCAUUGAUAACAGCCAAACCAAAAAACUUUCAUUGGAAGAGGAAAAUCGUCAGCUGAAAGACGCACGACUGUGCAAAGUGUGCAUGGAUGACGAUGUAGCCGUUGUUUUCUUGCCAUGCGGUCACUUAGUGACAUGUGUGCAGUGCGCACCGAGUGUAACGGCUUGCCCAUUAUGUCGAACGGCAAUUAAAGCAUUUGUUCGAACAUUUUUGUCAUGAAGCGAAUGGCGCAUCCCUCAAUUCAAAUGAGAAUUCCAUUUGGGGAAUUCAAUUCAUAUUUGGAUUGGACUGACUAAACGGAAAAAUGACGAAAAGAAAAAUGUUUAUUGCCAAAUGUUUCGUUUGUAGUGUGUCCCAGUAUUAUUAAUAUUACUAUUAUUAUUUUUAUUAUUAUUGUCGUUCCAUGAGGGAUUUUAGUUUGUCAAUUAAUUUUCAUUUUAUCUAAAUUGUCCAGUGAACAGAAGAAGAAAACUAAACUCAUAUUUUAUUUAUGUCUUGUGACAUUCCUUUCGAUAUUCAUGUUUAAUUCAACAGUGGAAUUUAACGUUUCACUCAUUUAUUUUACCGAAAUGGUCAUUUCUAUUCAACAUAAAUGCACAAGAUAACAUGAUCCAAUACAAAAAUCAAAUGAAAUUACAUGUUUUCGUACAAUUUACAGGAAACUCGUUUCAAAUGAACGAACGAACCAACGCUCGAUACAACCUUAAGUUGAUUUAUUUAGAUCACAUAUCUACAAAUGUUAAGAAAAAAUAUUUAUUCUAGACGAGAACAAAAAAAAACGUUAAACAAGAACCGAACAAUAUGGAAUAUGAAUAAGAGAAAAAAAAUUAUUUACAAGAUUUAAAACAAAAAAAAAUUACAUAUGUACUUAGUUAAAUCUAUUUAGUUGUAUUAAUAAUAAAAUAAGUAAAAAAAAAAAA